ACGUAUAUAUGUAUCUGGCAACUUUAUAUUAGGGCAUCUGCUAACGUCUGGUAGCUGUGUUGAAAAACGUAAUAAAGUCAACUUUUUAAAAGAACUUUCUCUGUCUAUGUUGCUUUACUGCUGAUUCGGCUGAUUCUUGCCAUACUUCCGUUGCCAAAAUGCGCGCGCAUACGCUGCCACGUCAUCGUUGUGUACGGUACCAUAGUACAGUACAAACCAUAGACUGUAAAAAAAAGACAAACAGUAAAAGGGUUUUUGGGCUGGCACUAUUAUGAAAUUUGGCUGAUAUUUUGCCUAAUAAAUUUGAUGAUUAAUUAACUGUUUUAGGGCUUUGACGAUUAUGAUGAUUAAUUGUCUGUUUUAUUGGUUUGUUUUAAUGUUUUUCUUUGUUUAUAAAAUAAUUUUGUAUAACUAGUCAUAGCCGCUACCAUAACAACAUUUUAUCUGCGCACAUUUUAACGACGCAAACCAACCAAACUGAAUCAUUGUAUUCGUUUUAUGAUUGGGCACUACCCCCAUCUAUCAAAACUUUGCUGGCUAGGCAUUGGCUGGCUUCAUUUUGCCUUCAUCCAGUCAAAACUUGGUGACACCCCGCUUACCCAAUGACGUGCUCCCUGGACAUUUAAAGUUCUCAAACCUUAUCUGAUUGGACAAAACAGUGUUGUUUUGCUCUGAAGAAAUUAACGAAGCAGAAAGACAUGACUUUUCACAAGAAUUGAUAUUUCAUUGAAAAUGAACAUAAAUCGAUCGUACUAACUGGAAGCGCGCAUGUAAAUAUAUAAAAUGUAUUUCAGUAUUUUUUUUCCCGAAUUUUCGUUGUUUUGAAUUAAAAUGUGGGAUGCAUUUUAAAGAGUGGACCCUUGCUGGUGUUUCUUUGAUUUGUCUGAAAUGAUCAGAACCGAGAUGAUAUGUAAGUACUGCCAGUCAUAUUAAUAUGCGGUCGUCUGCAUCAUUUAAUCCAACUCCAGUGUAUUGAUUGCAAAAACUAGAUCAGAACAUGAACAUGAUGUACAGAAACCCAUGUCAAUCAUUUAUUUAUUAAUUUAUUUAAUCACUUCUUAUUAAUUAUGCAAAACAGAUUGAAACAGAUGCGAAUAGACAAUGAAAAGCUAUUGAUAAACUUCUAAGUAAAUGUACAAAGCACAUCGUUUAAAUUAAACAUUUAUUAAAGUAUUUAAUUUAAUUUGUUAUAAUAUAUUUAAUAAAUAAUAAAGUAAUUUAUUUAAUGAAAUUUAUUAAAUCAUUAACUGUCACAUCAUCUUCAGCCUUCAAAUACUUUUUGCUCCCACAUUUCUGAUUGGUUUACAAACUAUGGCGUCACUUAAUUCUGCAGGCAGCUAUGUGAGACUGAUAUGAUGUCUGUUCAGGAGACAAUAUCUCACCAAACUUACUCAAUUUCUUAAGGUUCAUGUUUAGUACGAGGAAUAGUGAUCUGAAAUAAAGUUUACCAAAAUAAUAUUAAGGAUAAUCUCUUUUUUUAUAUAUUAUUUGCCCAUUUUACCUUUUAUUUAAACAGUGAUAGAGGAGAGGACAGGGAGGAGAGAGGGGUCGCCGAAAGUGCGAAAGCACCACAUGUCGGAGCGCUGCCCAAUAAUAACUUCAUCGGCUCCGACGGAUAUAAAAAAAAAUGUUAUUUCUUUUUGUGGAAUAGAAAAUACAGAAAACAUGAAGCCUACACGUUACACUAAAUUAACUGUUUAAUAACACUCCCUCUUAAUUUAUUUAUUUACUUACUUAUUAUCACUUUUAUUAUUUUAUUAGUGGGCUAUAUUAUUUUCUUUUGUGGUUUUAAUGUAAUUAUUUUAGCUUACUUAUAUUAAGUGUGGGUUGUAGAGCUUAAAAUAUGUAUAAGUGUAUUUUCUUAUAUUUUUUUAAAAUGUACAAAUGUACAAAAGUACAAAUGUAUGUAACGUUACUCAUUGAUUCUGUUCAUGCCAUUUUAUGUUUUUUAAUCUUUUAUGUGUGUGCGCUGUGUAUUAUCACUAAAUAUUUUUUUAAAUGUCAAUUUGUGUAAAGUUUUAAACCGAAAGUCAUAAUAAACAAGCAUUAAAUGGGGUGUAAUGUACAUAUUAUUACACGUAUGUCAUUUACAACAUUUAUACAGUUAUUUAAAUGCAUAGCUCGUGACAAUUUUACCUAAAUUUUAAUUAUUCCUUUUAAAAGCUCAGACUAAAAUGUACAAUGAUAUCCGUUUAAAUCUUUGAAUAUUUUUUGAAUAUGUGUUUGCUACCUUAAUUAAUUUCGAAACAGUUUAAAGUUUGUAAACUGAUUUGUCUAUAAUAAAAACAAAUGUUAAUGUCUAAAACAGUUUGUUUGAAUUAAAUGCCAGAGAAUCUAUUCAUAGACGGACAUUUGCCGCUUUAAAAUAUAUACAUUUAAACUCAUAAGAAUCCAAUUUUUAUUUAAUGUUAAAACAAAGCACACUAAUACAAUAUUACAUUUUAAUUUUUCAAACAAAAUAUAUGGCGAUUUAUUUAUUAAAGUCAACAUAGUAAAUAAUACUGAAAGGGCGUGUAAAUAUUAAAUUAUAAAUACGAUCAUAUUUAAAAAGAUGUGAUUAUUUUCUUUUCAAAUGUUAUAACAAAAUAUCUAAAGGGCGCUCUAUGCAAAAUAUAAAUUAUUUAAAUGUCCGUGUUUAAUAAACUUAGUAUUGGACUGAGGAGAAUUUUAUUGUUAAAGACUUUUUAUCUGAUAAAGAAAAGAUAGACAAUUCCCGAUAUUCAUAAAGCAAUUAUAAAAAUAUAUUGGUGGGGGGGAUAUAUAUGUGUGUGUGUGUGUGUGUGUGUGUGUGUGUUUAUGGUUUCCAUGGUUUAACUACAGUUAACAAUGGUUAAUGUUCGUACGGUGACGCUGUAAUGCAGUGAUUAUUACGUCAAGUUUCAGAGGCUAUAAAAGACAGCACGCGCUUCAUUGUUUCGUGGGUUUUCAGUUCGGCGUGUUUUGGUUCUUGUUUACAAGUCCAAGGCGAUUUUCUGUGUUUUUCGUGGUUGUUUGUUUGUCUUUGUGUGUUUUGUUCGUCAUGUUUCCCGUCUUUGUUAUUGACAGAGGAUCACGACGAUUCCCUUCAGCGGAAGAGCUUUCUGCUGCUUUGAAUAACGGGUCGACUCUCCUGUUUGUUAAGGAGAAUCGGCCCGUUGUUGCAAUCAGCAGACCUCUAUCUGCUCCUGAGUUCACUGAGCCCUCCGUCCCUGUGUCACAGGAGGAGGUGCUCAGUGAACCGGGCAGGCCGCAUGAGGGAAACACAGUGGAUGCUGAGGUUUCGGUGAGGCCGUUGUCUACAGCAGAGGAAGCCUGUCCAGAGGAGAAGGCCAUGGUCAAGGUUGAAGACACUGAGGAGGAGGCGUCUUCAUCUGAUCAUGUGCUUUCUCCAGUGUCUGGUUCAGGCUCUGUCACCAGCUCUCUUACUGAAGGGAGUUCCUCUGUUGUGGACGACGAGCCUCCACUCAGCAUCCAACCAGUGCUGUCGCUGCCGUGGAUCGGUGAGGUGGUCCCCAUAGAGGACAUGAAGCCACCAGCUCCCACGAAAGGUUUUCCAGUUUGGAAAGACCUAGGGGACACGGUGGACCCUCAUGUCGCUCAUGAGGAGACCACACCACCAUCCUCCACUCAGGCAGCCGACACACAUCAGGGCGAUGCUCUCAGCUUUGUGAUGUCUGCAUUGACACCAGCUGAUCGAGCCGCCGCUCCCCCAUCUCCUGCGUUAUCAACAGCAGAGGAAGCCUGUAAGUUCAGACAUUUUCACCUGUAA